AUGUCGGGAGACAUCAAUAGCCAGGCCUUUUGGAAUGAAUUUAUGCGAAGGCCCGAUGCGAAAGCGGCCUAUCAAGCUGAAAGGCGCCUGCAGGAGAAGAAGCGCUUGUGGCUAGAAGAGCGCAAAGUGAUCGAGGAGCGUGGCGAGCACCGACGGAUGAUUGCGGAUGCCUUGGAGGAAGCUCCUGCUGAGCUGAAGAAGCUCAUAGCACCGAUGUUUCAUAUCCGCUUUGUGGAAGAUUACUUGUGGAUGAUCUUCGAUGAAUGUGCUAAGAAGCAGAAGAGUUUCCACGACAAGCUGCGAGACGCUGGGACUAUGGACCAGCUGCUGCGAAUGCGGGAGAACUUUCAAACGGGCGGCGAGGAGCGGAUGUUAGAGUUGGAAAAAGAGUGGCAUGCCCAAUGCAAGGCGAUGUCCGAUGCGGAAGAAAGAAAGAAGGAGAAACUGCCUCAGAACAUCGAUAUCCACACGCUGAAGCAGGUGCUUGAAUAUGCCCAGGAGUGCAAGCGUGAAGGGAACUUCAAGUUUCAGGAGGGUCUGUAUGAGGAGGCCUUACAUAUCUACAGCCAAGCUGACGACGUGAUGAAGAAAUGGAAGGUGGAUAAGCAGUUGAAAAAUGAAGCAAAGUGGCUCAAAGACUACCAUAUUGCUUGCCUCAAGAACAAGGCUCAAGCGGCCUUGAAACUGGAACUUUUCCAAACUGCCCUGGAUGCAUCUGAGUCUGCCCUUGCGAUUGACGCGGAGGACCACAAAGCCUGGUACAGGAAGGUGCAAGCUGAGAAGGGGCUGGGCAAAUUCAAGGAGGCCGAGGAGUCUCUCGCAAAGCUGGAGGACGUGGCACAGUGGUGUCCUGAUCGAAGACGCAUUCUGCGCGAUUGCGAACAAGAGAGAACGAGGAUCAAAAAUGCCCGAGUGAAGCACAAGCAAUCAACGCAAGAGAUGCUGGGAAGGGCCUUUCAGGCAGGUGUCUUCAGCCUUGAUCGUGACAGAGAACUGGAGGAGGCCACCAAGAAGCUGGAAGAGCCGGCCAUGCCGCGGCCGCAGGCCCUUGCUGACCAGAGGAAGCCUUUGGAGGCUCGACCGCUUGAAAGGAAUAUCCAGCUCACGGCUGCUCUGGCGGGUGAUCUGAUGGAUGAACUCGCCACCGCGUAUGGUCAAAAGUGGUUCCAGGAGCGAGUGCGAAAGUGUGCUCGAGAUUCUGGCUACGAGAGAUCCGUUUUCCUCAUGCGCUUGAAGGACGUUGCUUUCGAGGUUCAGAAGCCGGUUCUGGAAAAAUGGGGCUUUGAGGGCAACGAACAUGGUGUGCGAGAAAUGACUGCUGCCAUUCGUGAACAUGCUGGGAAGAAUGGCAAGGAGAUGCCACAAUGGCUCAAAGAGAAGCAAGACAGGCGAGAUGUGGCUUCUGAGAAGAUUGAGAAGGAGGAAUCCGAGGCGAUUCUGGUGGCUUUUCGGGUGGUGAAAGUGGAGCAAGCGAAUUCGGUCGCCUCCAUCUCCACCUCGACCUCUCCGGAGACGAAGGCCACCACAGUGGACAAGGAGAAGGACUUGGCAAAUGCGGUAGAAGCCCUGGCACCAUUGCAGGAGGUUGAGGCAGAAGACCAGAACUCGCCCGAGGGCCCAGUGGAUCCAGUGACAGAUUCGACAGAUGGCGCAGUGGGUCAAGCAUUGGCGCGCCACAACCCACAGAUCCUGCGAUUGAGCUUAGCAGCGCAAAUGAAGCGAGCACCAACAAUGGCGCACGCGAGAUUGCAAUUCCUGCUUCGACGGCUGCAUGAAACUGAUGCGAUUGCGAAGAAGAAGCGACUGAUGCCAGAAAAGAUAGUUUAUGAUGCUGAGCAGGCAUCUUUGGCAGAGGAGUUUGCCUUGCAACUUCAAGAGCAAGCCGAGCGAGAGCAGGCUGAGUUGGAGUUGGUCAAGGCAGCCGUGGGCACCAUCUUUUCCGUCCGAAAGCCCCGGGAUGCCGUGGCGGGCACCGCCAGCGGUCUAAAGACCAUGGCGAGGGGUGUUGGAGUGGGCUUGGCAUCGCUUGUCACGUUGCCGGCCAUUGGCGCCAAGACAGGUGGCAUCAAGGGCUUCGCGAAGGGCUGCGGCACGGGCCUAGCCACCUGCGUGGGCAGCACGGUGGCGGGGACGUUAGUUGGAUCCGGUCAGAUUGUGCGUGGUGUGGUGAACACGCCCAGUGCCAUCGUGCGCACGGCGCGGGGAGAGGUGUGGAACACGGAAACGCGCAAGUGGGAGAAGGACUGGUACUCGUUGCCGGAAGAAGCUGCUGAAGUCCUUGGAAGCCAGAGCGAAUUGAACGAAGAGGCUCAAAGCAGCCGACCCUCGCGACCCGCAAGGAAGGUGGCACAUCGUGAGCUCUACGAUCUGCUAGGUGUACCUCCUGAGGCCGCUGAGUCCGAGAUCCGCCGGGCUUUUUACAAGAAGAGCCUGGCGUUACAUCCAGACAAGAAUCCCGACAAUCCAGAAGCCACACGGCAGUUUCAGGCUGUCAGCGAUGCGUAUCGAAUUCUGGGUGAUGAGGAGAGAAGGCGAGCUUACGAUGAGUUGGGCAAGGACACAGCAGCUGCGAACUUGCCCAAGAUCGAGCCCGUGGUGUUCUUCGCCGCGCUCUUCGGGACGCAUCACUUCGAGCCCUACGUGGGACGACUGCGGCUGGCGCAAGAUGUGGAUAGCGAUGUGCAGUCUAUGUUGCGGGAAAUUGUCGCAGCAGAAGAGGAGGACGCUGGACAGCUUGACCUUCUGAAGGUGAGUCGGGCGCACAAGCGCAUGCAGGUGCUGGAGAAACGCCGGCAGGUGCAAUGCGCAGUCGACCUGGCUCAACGCCUAGAACCAGUGGUUGUGGCACCAAAGGAAUCGAAGAAGCAGGCGUGGGAGCAGUGGGAAGCCGAACGACGGGCAGAAGUGCAGCGCUUGGCGCAGGUGCCCUCUGGGCUUGAGAUGCUGUACCAUAUCGGUUGGCUUUAUGUCAACGGUGCUCAGCAGUGGUUGGCUGGCAGUGCGCUACGACGGCUCUCAGCCAAAGUUGAAGCCAAAGCGCACUUGUUGAAGUCCAAGGGGGAGCUUGCGGCCGCCGCAGGCCGCACCGCCUAUUCGGUGAAUAGCAUUGUGAAGAGCACAGAGAAGAAGAAGCAAGAGAAGGAAAAGGCAAAGGCCGAAAAGGCCGAGAAGGCCAAGAAAGAGGCCGAAGCGGCCGAAGCGGCCGAAGCGGCCGAAGCGGCCGCAGCCGAGGAUGUCAAAAACUCCACUGAGUCGACGGAAAAGGCCUCGAAAUCCUCGUCCCACCGUGGUGCCGAGGCUGGGACCAGUUCGACCCAUUCGAAGGCCGCUGCUUCGGAACCCGCAGCAGCUGGUCCAGCGAAGCCCUGCAAGGUGUAUGGACCCGGCACCAUUGUGAUGCUGAGCAAUCUCAGGAGCAAUGUGGAGCUGAACGAAGAGGUUGGUGUCAUCGAACGCUUCGAUGAGGAAUCUGGCAGGUACAUUGUGCACCUGAGUGAUGGAGGACAACCCCGGAAGCUGAAAGCUGAGAAUCUCAUCGUGGUGGAGGAUCCAGAGCCAGACCCUCCAGAGCCUCAAGAGAAAGGAUCAGCAUCCCAAGAGGGUCCGAAGGAAACGAAGGACGAAAAGGAGACCACAGAAGAUUCCUGGGCGCCUGGAGAUGAAGCGGAGAUGGCAGAAGCCUUCAAGGAUACCAUGCCCUUGUUUCAUGACGCCCUGUGGAGAGUCACAGCCAUUGACAUUGAGUACACUCUUGCCAAAGUGAUGCAGCGGGUUCUCCGCGACAUGUCCGUUGACAAGGCAAGCCGACAGCUUCGUGCUGAGGCCCUCUAUCGCCUCGGCAAAAUCCUUCAGGAGCCGUUGAAGGAGAAGCGCCAAGAAAAGACCUCCGGCAAGGCCGUGGAGACUGAGGCGCUCGUUGAGAGGCAGACAAGUUCCAGGUCAAUUCUGGCCCGUUUGUCCCGCUUACCUUGGCGUUCUCGCAGACGCGACACCGAGGCAAAGAGCAGGGAGCAAGAUGCGAAGCAGAAGCAAAUGGAGGCUGCCUUGCUGCUCAUGGCGGCAGGGGCCUCCACCGACGACGUGGAUGAAAUGCUGGCGGCCAGGUCAGCGAUGGAAUCUGAGUCGUUUCACGGGACCAGAUGUUGA